AAUUAAAUGUGUUAACUGUUAUUUUUUUUUCUCCUCAUGUAAAGGGCGAUGGCAGGCGCUGGAGAGCGCAAAGGAAAAAAGGAUGACAAUGGCAUUGGUACAGCCAUUGACUUUGUCCUGUCCAAUGCUCGGCUUGUCUUGGGUGUGGGAGGUGCUGCCAUGCUGGGGAUUGCCACUUUGGCUGUCAAACGGAUGUAUGAUCGGGCAAUCAGUGCCCCAACUAGUCCCACGCGCUUGAGCCAGUCAGGAAAAAGAAGCUGGGAGGAGCCAAGUUGGCUUGGGUCAUCAUCACGGUUACUCAACCAAGAUAUGAAGACUAAUCUUAGCCGUUCUUUGCAGACUCUUCCUACAGAUUCUUCAGCAUUUGAAAUAGACUUGGUCAAAUCCACGAAACAUAAGUCAUCUGUCAAAAGAAGCCAAGUGGAUUUGAAGAAGUCGCGCCUCAGAAUGUCCUUGCAAGAGAAGCUGUUUGCCUAUUACCGGAGGAAGGUGGCCAUCCCAGUUGAAGAACAAGCUCGGGCCAAGCAGGCUGCUGUGGAUAUUUGUGCUGAGCUGCGUGGCUUCCUCCGUGCCAAGCUGCCAGACAUGCCUCUGCGUGAAAUGUAUCUGAGUGGGAGCCUCUAUGACGACUUGCAGGUUGUAACAGCUGAUCACAUCCAGCUCAUUGUUCCUUUGGUGCUGGAAAAGAACUUGUGGUCAUGUAUUCCAGGAGAAGAUACUAUCAUGAACAUCCCUGGCUUUUGCCUGGUACGUCGGGAAAAUCCAGAGUACUUCCCUCGUGGGAGCAGUUACUGGGACCGCUGUGUGGUGGGGGGUUACCUCUCACCUAGGUCUGUGGCUGACACCUUUGAGAAAGUAGUGGCAGGCUCAAUCAACUGGCCAGCUAUUGGGAGCCUCCUAGAUUAUGUCAUACGGCCAGCAGCACCCCUGGAAUCUCUAACGUUGGAGGUACAAUAUGAAAGAGACCGGCACCUACUAAUAGACUUUUUGCCAUCUGUGACACUAGGGGAUACUGUCUUGGUGGCCAAGCCACACCGCUUGGCUCAGUAUGAUAAUCUGUGGCGACUUAGUCUUCGGCCAGCAGAGACGGCUCGCCUCCGGGCCUUAGACCAGGCUGACUCUGGCUGCCGUUCAUUGUGCCUCAAGAUCCUCAAGGCCAUAUGCAAGCUGAACCCGGCACUGAGUCGCCUUUCUGCCAGCCAGCUUACCAACGUCAUACUGCACCUGGCCCAGGAGGAGACGGACUGGUCCCAAGAUGUGCUUGCUGACCGUUUUCUGCAGGCACUGAGAGGACUGAUAAGCUACUUAGAGGUGGGAGUUCUUCCCAGUGCUCUGAAUCCAAAGGUGAAUUUGUUUACAGAGCUCACUCCCGAGGAAGUGGAUGAGUUAGGCUACACCCUGUACUCUUCUCUUUCAGAACCGGAAGUCCUGUUGCAGAUGUAACAGCUGCCUUAUGUGUAAGAAUGGUGUUGGGACCUACAGGUUUUCUGACACUUUCUGAGUGAUAUAUGCACACCCUGUCUAGUUCUUUCUGCAAUUUGUCCCCACCCCCAGUUUCUUAAAUAUACUCUGUGUGGUCCUCUAGAUUUCUUGGUGCUACUGGUCCAGUUCUACUGCUUUGAUAGCAGCUGUCUGAAUGGGCAAGAGGGAGUGUGGAAACUGACAUUCAGAAUUGUGUGUGAAGUCUUUGAUGCUGUCACAAUUGCCUGCUUCAACACUGUGCAUUCCUUUUUCUGUUACUGGUGCUGCAGUGAAAACAGACAGUCCCAUCCCAGGUAAGGGUGGAACUGGGCCAGUAAAACCGCUGGCAAUUUUAGGAACCCUCAUGGGUUCUGUCCCCUACUGAUUGUUUGCUUUUUUUCUGGUCACUUUUACACAGAAAAUGUGCAUGGCAUCCUGAAAGAUGUUUCAGUAGAAAAGUAUUUAUAGCAGGGGAUGUAUUUGUGUGAAUGCUGUUACAGUGAUUGUAUUUAUAGUGUUUGGAGGAACGGAGAAUUUCCAGGGAGACCCAGCUUAUUGCAUCAGUUCUUGCCAUUACUGAGCUCUGAUCAGUAAUCCCACCUUUAGGAAGCUGGGUGGUCCUGAUUCAGGGUGCGCUCUCUUGCCGUUGUAGUACCCUUCAUUGCACACACAUGCAAUUCUUGUUGCACCCACACAUUUGAAAAAUUAGUGUAUUAAUUUACCUUUCUAGAAGAAUGUUGGAGGAAUUAUUUUUCCCCCAUUGGUUGCUCUUAAGAUUAUUUUUCUGUUCCUAAUUAUCAUUUCCAAAGCAAGGAACUAUUGAGGAGCUCUAUGCCAGCUUUAAUUGUGGCAUGGAGUGUUGAAGUCUGAAGACCAAGAGAGAACUUUUGUGGAUGUUUCCAUCAUGAGCACUUAUGCUGAGAGCAGCUAAUUACAUGAGUAAAGUGUGUUUUAAGAGUCAGUCCUUGAUUUUCAUAUGUUGGCAAAACAAUGGGAGACUGAUGAGCCUGCUGUCUGCCUGCUAGAAGCCAGAUAUAUAAAGAUGCAAGGUUUUGGAGGAAGGCGAAUGUAAUUCUGAGCUGGCAACAUACACUAAAAUUGCACUGUUUACGAAUUUGCAGAAGGUGGCACAUUUUACACUUUGGUCAUGUUGCUUCUGGGGAACCACUAGCUUUCUGCUAACGCUAUCGUAGUUAUUCAGCCCUGCUUUCUGCUCCUGCCUACUACUUUUUGAGGAGUAACCACCCACUCCAGCUUAUAUCUCCUCCUCUGUAGUCAUGAAAUUGACAUAGACAGUGAAUGUGUUAUCUCUCAGGAAUUCACUUCUACCACUGUCACCCUUCUGAUAUCCCCUGAAUUGUAUCCAUGUAAUUCUUGUAUAGAUGGUUUGUGGGUUGUCAUGUCCUCAGUACCUGCCAUUGCUAUUUAAAGGCAGCACAAAUAUGGAGGUAAUUUGUGAAAACUUGGAAAGAACUUGUCUUCCCUGUUCUUCCUUUUGAAGAUAAUGCUUAUGUUAACAAGUAAACCCUUAGGAUGGUCUUUAAUUUAUAUUCCCUGCUUAAAAGGGAAUUCCACCUAUUUCAAGCCAGAUGUUUGCAAGACGGUAUUUGUUUCUCACCAAUGAAACAGUGUUGCAGCUUUUUAAGCUUCACCAGACUGCUAGCCCAAGACUUGGAACGUUUUGGUGUGGAUAUUCUGCCAUCUUUAUUAUUAAUUAAUUAAUUAAACUGAACUUAUAGCCCACCAUUCCCUACACAGCAUCACAAUUAAAUAUAACAUAGGUUACAAUCAACAGUCACAACCAUCAUAAUAUUAAUUCCUCACCAGGUGGCACCGUAAGGGCAGUUCAGGAGAUGGUCCAAGGUGUGAAGCUGUCACUCAUCCAUGACCAUGUGCCUGUUUUCUACGCUUAAUGUUUACUCCAGUGGUUGCUUGAUUGCUUUAUUUUUCUUUUAAAUCAAUGUUCCUUCUUUCUCUGCUUGCCUUCUAGUAUAAAUCUUCCUGUCACACUUGGUGAUGAGUGAAGCUGCAGGUGUAAAACAGAGUGCUAUCUGAACUAAUAUUUUUAAAAGUUGCACAAAGCCAGAUUGUCACAUCUUUCUGUGGUGGUUUCUUUCUCUCCCUUCUGGUGCUUGUUUCCAAGUGGUAGACAAGUGGAUCAGUAGCAAAGGAGGCUACUGCAUUGACAGAAAGACCCUGCCCUUCCACUUGUCAAGCACACAUCAUUACAUGCUCAUCUUAAAUAGAAUCCCCUUGUUAACUUAUUAGAAACAUAAUAGAUUUGUAUGUGUGUUGCUGUCAAGCUGGAUUGUAUGGAAUGUAGACUUGAGGCUUUUCCAUGAGCAAGACACUUUAUUUUGCUUUUUUCACUUUUAUCACUGUAGCUGUUUCACCCUGAAAAGUAAUGUGUUUGGGGUAGAUAUCUGAAAAAGGAUGCCUACUUCAUAGUGAUAAGAGUGCUAUUUGUAAUCUUGCAAGCAACAAGUACUAGAGUCACUGGCAUUCAGUGGAACAACCAGAGCUUUAAAGCACGGAACAAGCUGGACUGUCCAGUUUCCUCAGUUGGGGGGGGGGGAAUGAUACAUUUUGCACAGGGCAGAGGCUUCGUGUUGAGCGGGGCAGCUCUUAAGAAUCUUGCACUAAUGCUACUACAAGACUAGAGAAUUCAGUCUUAUGAAAUGCUAAGCUGACACCUAUCAGUAUUCAUUAAAAAUGCACAUGGGUAACGUUAGCUGAUUCUAGCAUGGAGGGCUUGGUCUUCAGUAUCUGUGAACUUCUGUGAAACUUCAGAACAAAAUCUGGAUUGCAGCUGAUGACUCAUGGAGGUAGAAAGCUCAGUGGGUCAAAAGGCUGUCAUGGACCCUUGAGUCAUGGGAAUAUUUUGGUGUGAUGCCUUAAUGUUUGUGUCAUGGAAACCAAUAUAACUUUUCCCUGACCUUCAGGGUGGGGAACCAACUAGCACAACUGUAGAUUUUUGGUGCAAUCAAACUCUACUGAUUCUGAGUCAGAUAAAAUUCUUAACAUGAAAAAAACAAUUAUGAAAAUGAUACAAAGUGGAAGACGCUUAGGUACCUGUGAUGCUGAAGAUAAAGGAAUGGGAUCUUUUUAGCUUGUCUCAAGCCCUUAUGCUCUUUAAGGGCAUUAGAGGAGGAAAGUCUAGUGCAUGGUCUUUGAAAGUAUGUGGAAAUUCUGAAAUAAAAUAACUUUCCACAACA